GAUAGCGCUUGAGAGUAGUGAUGGUUUAACGUGAGUGUGUGUGCAUGUGGGAUUUAAUUCGCAAUUUUUACUUUAGUGUUGUGGAAUUAUCAGUUAAUUUGUAAAUAUGAAGAAUACAGAUGAAAACCAUAAGAUAACGGAAUCAGUAUACAAGAAUCUUGCGGAGAAUUUCAACCCAGGAGUUCGACAAAUCGUAGCAUGCGGGAAAAUGUACCACAAGGCCUUGCAAGGCCUAACAGUUGCUGCCCGGGCCUAUACAGAAGCCUUGUUGAGGGUAGGGCAAACAGCCCGUACAACAUGCUCAGGGGGCACAGAAGAAAUAGGAGAAGCAAUAUAUGAAAUAGCAGAAGCUCAAAAGGAAGUACAAGCCAGAGUUGAAGAAAAUUCCAAAGCCUUGUUCACAGAACUCAUCUUGCCAUUAGAACAGAAACUGGAGAAUGAAUUCAAAAGAUCAUCGUCACAGUACAAAAAAUAUGCCACCGGUCACAAGGUUGUGUUUGCUCCGUACAGCAAGGCCACAGAAUCACUCAAAAAGUUCCGCAAAAAGAGUCGAAAUAAACCAGUGUUUGAGGAGCAAAAAGAAGCUCAGCACAUUAAAACAUUAGAGAGAUGUCAAGAGAAGUUAGAUGAAUUCAGACUAAGUGGACUAAAACUGGCUCUUUUAGAGGAAAGGAAAUGUCAUUGUUUUUUAUUGGAUCGACUAAAUACCAUGGCAACAUUGUACGCCAAUCACCACAAACAGUCAGCAGAGACAUAUAUGAGAGGACUGAUAAAGUGGAAACAGCUCUCCAUCAAACCUCACAUCCUACCACCGGAAGCUAACCGACUCUUAAUGAUUCCAGAUCAUGACCAUAUGAGUGAAAUGAAUGGAGGAGUAUACAGAAAUGAUAUUGAGACCAGAUCAUUGGGCAGUCCCUAUAAACGGUCACAGAGUGUUCAUGAUGUCUAUAGACGCCCGAUUCCUGUACAGUCAGACACAGCCUCAGACACUUACACCAGGACCUUACCCCAUGGCAGAGUAGUUCCCCCACCUCCCCCUAUAUCUGGGCUCCAGGUCAGAGCUGUGUACUCUCAUGAUGGGGAUGGGGACACUAAAAUGUCCUUCAUGGAGGGGGACAUCAUCAACAUUUUGGGAGAGAAGUCUUCUGAUGGCUGGCAGUAUGGUCUCAACACAAAUGCUGGAAAAUAUGGUUGGUUCCCUCUGUCCUUCACAGAACCUUUCCAUAUGCCUCCAACACGGAAUGGACAUUCCAUGAUGAAUGGUAGAGUAAAGAGUAUGGGUGAUUUGUUGGAUGACCCGUCCGAUGCUGAUGGGUAUUUCAUGGAGCACAGCAUGCCAGGAAGUGCUCAGAGACCCAAGUCCCUGUAUGAAGGGUCGGGCACCAGAUUACCAGGAAAUAACAGUCCUCUACCCAUGAGGUCACAAAUCCGCCACCCUGGGUGGACUGGACAACAUCCUGGUCUAAUGGGCUCUUAUUCUUUACCACGUCAAUUCACAGGGCAGGGGGCAUAUAUGAGCUCUGAUAUGGACCACAUAUACCACUUUUUGCCCUCAGACCAUCAGCAACCUGGAGAGAAAGCACCGAAUGUUCAUCACCAGGACAUCAAUUAUUCUAGAACUGAGGCCAGGGGCAAUAACCCCCCAUCUCCCCCUCUGCCCCCACCCCCAUCACCUCUUGCCUCUAAACAACCCUCCCCAGGCAAUGGCACACCCUCCUCCUCACUUUCUUCAGCAUCACCCAGUUUAAAUUCAUCCCACUUAUCAGAAUCUCCUGCCAGAAGAAACCCUGCAUCUCAAAACCAGAAAAUCAACCAAUCAUCUUACACCAUCCCACCAGCACCUCUUCCACCUCCCACUUCUGCACCAAUCACAAACACUCUUGCUUCAGCUGCACAGUCUGAUACUUCAGUUUAUCACAAUUUAUACCAGAACACCCAGGGAAGCAUGCCAGGGUAUGGUCACAUGUCUCGUCAACAACACAGCAUUCCCCCACCCCCUCCUCCCGCCCCACCUGGGCCCCCUCCCAUUGGUGGACAACAACGCAGAACUGCAAUGAAUUCUGGGACAGAUGAAGAGGAUUCAGAUUUCCAAAGAAAUCCUAAAUUUGCCAAUGUUAGUUUGAGGAGAACUAUGACAAACGACAGAUCCAAGCCACGAUUUUAGUUCACAGAUGCCACAUGGGAUAGAAAGAUAGAAAUAUCAACUUGCAGAACAAACUCAUCAUAUUUUUACUGAACAAAAAUCUUUUUAGCUGUAUAUGAUUCUCUUCUGUGUAUCAAUAUUUCAUACUUUGUAUUUUAUCAUAUUGAGAUUAGUUGUUUUGAAUGCUUCCAAUUUUGAUCUAUGCUGUAAAAAUAAGGUUCGUACAUUAGCAUUAUGGUCACAACAGUUUGCCUGUUCUCAGUGUUUCCCACAUAUGUAGGAAAUAUUUCUUUGGUUCUUGAUUCCAAACCUAUAAUAAACAAAACGAAGUAUGUAAUCAGUUUACAUAAAUGAUAUUUACAUAAAUGAUAUUUCAGACAUAAAUUUCACAGGUAACAAAUUUCAAGUGCUAAUAUUCAUUGAAGUCCCCUAAAAUUUCCGUAAUUUUUUUUUCUUCGUAUUAACUUUAACUUGAUGGUUAUACCUUUUUGCAUGGUGGUAUUAUGAUAUUCAUGAGAUGCAGUUGUAAAUAUAUAGUAUCCAUGUACUGUCACUUGUCUUUAGAAAAAGUGUUCAGAUACGUUUCUGGCUCCUGGAAUGUGACUCAGGGAUAAAGAAAUGGUGCAUGAAAUACAUUUCAUAGGAAUUCACAAAAUUUCAUAUUUUUUUUAUAUAUACAGGCAGGUACACAUUGUGAUGUUUAAGUUGUUCAGCCUACAGAUAUGUAUACACAUAAAUAUGAAUAUUUAAAGUUAUAACUAUAUGUAUUAUGUUAUUCAUUUAUUCAAAUGAAGAAUAAGCACAUUUUUACAUGCAUGGAAUUCAUUUAAAUUACAGGUUACCUACGACUUAGUGUUGUGAAAAUGAAGGUGAAAUGUUUUGGGGUACUUGUAGUUUUUUCUUCUCGGACACAUCAAGAAAAAGGGAUUGUGCUGACCUAACCCCUUUAUCUAAAAUUUUAAAAAGUCUUGACAGAUUCUUCCCCUAUUAUGUUUUAUUUUUAUAUAUAUUUAUAUAUAUACGUUAUGGAUUUUUUUAAUCUUGCACUUUGUGAAACAUAGCUUUGUUGCAGCCUCAUCUGUUUUCAAUACAUAUAUAUGUAAAUAUAUGCAAAAACUAAACUUGCACAGACAAGCUGUAAUUCAUAUGUUACAAACUGUUAUCAACAUAUAUCAAAUAUUA